AUGUAUAGCAGUAAUGCUAUCAAUGUUGGAGAAAUUUGUUCUCGGACAAAAAAUCCGAGUUAUUGCCGUAGAGUGUUAGCAGAUAUUCCAGAUUUAACGCAAGAAUAUCUUCUACAUACUGCGUUUCUGGCAAACAAUUGGGCAGAUGCCAAUGCCACAAACAUAUAUAACCAAAUAACAGAUAUGCUACGAAAAGCUACUAGUGCUCAGAAGGGCCAUCUUGAGCAUUGUCACCGGCUUUAUUUCUCUUGUUUGCACGAUAUUUUUGCUUCUUCUAAUGCGUUGGGAUCUAGGGACUUCUUUGGAUUUAAAAAGCAGGCUACUGCAUUUGCAAAUUAUGCAAAACUUUGUGAAGAAUCUUUUGGAUCACCUCCAUCCACACCAUCUCUCUUGACGAAGCAGAAUAGGGAAUUUAUUGAUUUAGUCGACAUUGUAUUAGCAAUUACUGAUCAUCUUACCGAGGGACAAUAA